CAGUGACAUCGCUGAAGUCCGGCGGGGGUUUUUUUCUUUUGUAAAACUUGAAUAUAUUUUUAAAUGCGUCUUCUCCACGCACCACAGUGGAGGCUGCCAUCUUGGCUAUGACGUGGUUGAACUUUCACCUCAAGUCACUUCCGGAGCAUUCCGACUGAAACAACAUGGCGGCGCCCUCUAAGAAAGUGUUUGAGGUCUUCGUGUCUAAAAUACCAUGGACCCUAGCUGGCAAGGAGAUGAAGGAGUACUUUGGACAGUUUGGGCCUGUGAAGAAGUGUCUUCUUCCAUUUGAUAAAGACACAGGGUUCCAUAAAGGCUUCUGUUGGGUUGGAUUCACGACAGAGGAAGGACUGAACAAUGCACUUCAGAAAGACCCACACACGCUUGAGGGAGCAAAGCUCCAGGUUCAGAGGAACAGACGUCAAUUUGAAGGGCCCAGGUCAAGCAAAGACAGUGAAUAUGACUGAAGCUGUGGUACUUUGGUGUUGGUGAUCCUCCAGCCAUCAGUCAUUGUUUGUUACUGCUCCCCCAGCUGCUGGAUUAUUAUACUUUUUCAUUUGUUUCCCAGCUAAGUGAAUUUGGGCCUGAACAUUAUUGACAUUGUUUAAUGACUCGUCCAGUAGUAUCUCAUUAUUUUUUUGUAAUUGUUAGUGUUAAACUUUGUGUAACCAUCAACAAUACAUAGCAGCAGAAAUACUUUAAAUGUUAAUAAAAGGACUUUAAAGGUC